UUCCAGAUCGUAGCACAGCCGAGUACGGCCGCUGGUGGCUGGCAGAUUAGCUAGCUAGCUUUUUGAGUCAGGUAAAGAAUAAGAAGAAACAACACGUAAGCCAGCAAAACAUGGCCACGGCGAAGAGUGAGGAGGAGAAAACAGACGGUAAAACGCUUAAUGGAGAUGUCAGCAUGUCAAGAACCGAGUACUGUAAGAAGUUGCAGGAAUGGAUGUGGCAGUAUUACUGCGGCUAUGCGAACUGGCAGAGCUGGAUGUUGAUGUCCGCUUUGCCGUUUCCUCCGUGUUUUCCACCGCAGUCUGGCAGCCAGCAUGCGGCCGACUCUUCUGCCUCUCCGUUCCCAACAGCCUCAGACAUGGCCAGCUGGUACAGCCAGCUUACGGCUCCGCCACAGACCACCACCACACCGGGUGCAAACCCCGGGAGCCUCUCGCCCUCGACACCAGCAGCAGCUGCGCCGAGCCCGGCACAGGCGAACGGAAACGCGCCCGGGCAGCAAGCAGGCAGAGAAUACACCAUUCCCUCCCCUUUACACAGAUUUCUAGCUGAAAUGGUGGAUUUCUUCAUCCUCUUCUGUGUUAAAGCAACCAUAGUUUUGUGGAUCAUGCACUUAAGUGGAAUGAAGGACAUUUCCAAAGUUGUUAUGCAGUUUGUGGUAGAGGAGAUAGAUGAGAACACGUCUCUGGAGGAUCUGCAGAAGAUGAUGGCGGUGGCUCUAGUGUACAGAGUUUUGGUUUGUUUCUAUGAGAUCAUCUGUAUUUGGGGAGCAGGAGGUGCCACACCCGGGAAGUUCCUGCUCGGCUUGCGAGUUGUGACCUGUGAUUCUACAGUCUUGGUACGACCCAACCGUGUCCUGGUGGUACCAGCAUCUAAUGUCACCUUGUCUGCUUCCACUGUACGAGCCUUGAAUAAGAACUUGUCCAUCGCGUUCCUCUUUCCUGUCUUCAUCACACUGCUGUUCUUCCAGCACAACAGGACUGUGUAUGACAUUGUGGCUGGAACCAUCGUGGUCCGACGUAGGGGGGGCAGAUGACCAGGGCCAUAGAUUAGAGAAUGGCUUUGGCACAGUAUCUGAAUAUAACCUUAUAGUAUUGAUGAUAUGGGAGUAUAACUCUAAUGAAACCUGAAAGGUUAUGGCCAUAGAUCGUGACCAGAUCUUUUUACUAUUUUAUUUAAAUGUGUUUGAUUAAUGCAUCUUAGAAUUUUGUGUUUUGGCGGUGAGCAUUUUAGUUGUUGAACAUCGAGGUGCUUGGUAAUUCUAGUGUUAAGACAUAUAUAAGAAAGAAACUUCCUAAGUGCUUGGGGAUGCUAGGCCAUACUGAUGAAUUGAGCAUUUAAUUGAUGUAUAGUUUUUAUAGUUUUUGAGAAAACCUCUCAACCCAGAUUCUAGUCUUAUCCAUUUAAUUCACCAAAGGGUUUGCAUUAGUGUUAUCCAGUAUCAGACUUCAAAGCACAGCCAGACAUGGCUGUUAUCAUUUGCAUUGAAGAUGAGGAGCUUAGCUUGACAUUUGGUAAAUGUCUGCCCUGCCCUUGUCCUCUGGAAUACAUUCUUUUCUCGCAUGCCUCUGUCUGGACUGUUGUAUUCUUGUUAAGGCCAUCAGUGUCUGAAAGGCUAUAAACAAGGCUGGCUUUCUCAUGUAUGUUAAAAUACGCCCUCUGUUCACAAGCUGCAUCACCCUGAUAGCAGCCCACUGCAUGUAUAUAAGCCAUACCUUGAAUCUAAGUGGAGGCUGCUGAUUAAAAAUAGUGGAUUGCAGUGCACAUGAUCGGUUUGCACAUUUUUAUUGUAUAUUUAUAUUAUUGUUAAAGGUUUAACAGUGAUGAGUUUUGAACUGGAUCCCAUGGCUGCUCUCACUGUUGCAAUUUUGGCAAAUUUCAUAAAUCAGAGCACAGAAGUUUACGUUCACUUCUGUGAUGAUCUCAAGCUCAAAGUGCAGCUUGGCUUUUUCAGGCUGAUGUAAUGACAAUAUAAACAAAGCCGUCCAUCAUUCUGUAUGAGACUAAUCUGUAUUUCAUUGUGCACUUCAGUUUAAUUAUACUAUUUUGCAAAUGUUUUAUUCUGAAUUGAUUAUAUAAUUAACUUAUUUGACAGGAGACAGUCAGAGUAUAUAUUGACCACUAAGAACUAGUGCAAAAUGUGCUGAAUUGAAGCUACUAUACUCUUUUCAUUUUCUUAAAAAUCCAAUUAAUUUUAUUUGCACCAACUUUAUUGCAUGUUAACAUUUUACUCUUGAAUACCGUUUGUUUUGAUGCUUAAAAAUGUUAAGAGAAUUUUUUAUUCUCAUUGAGGCAGUAUUUUAAGGUUUUAUCUUCAAUGUAAAGCAGUUAAAGCCUCAAAACGUCUUUCAUCAGGUUAUUUGUCCUUGCAAGUGGAAGGUUGCCCUUAUAUUUGAAAGGAGUAACACACUUUGUAGCUUUAUAGCAAAUGGAUUGGCAGUGUGUGCCUUUAAAUAACACUGCCUACUUUCUGAACUGCAGUAUCAAACAUUUCAUUUACAUUUACAUGAACUAAGGUGAUUUUUACUGUGAUGUCCACUAGAGGGUGCUGUUUGUACACAAGCUAAUUGUGUCUUAACGUUAAAAAGGCUCAUUGAGUUUCAAUAUGAAAAUGCCUUGCUCUUACACACUCCAGUGGCCCUGGCUCAUAGUGGCAGUCUCAAAGAAAGCCAACAGAAUUAGGCCUUCAUUUCAUAUCAUGGCCAAUCAGGAAUAAUUACUGUGAAAGGAAUGAUGAUUUCAAUCUUUUGGCAUAAAUAAAAAGUACAUAACCCGGCA